UUGAUCAGUGAGAAUACGACGAUUUUGGAGUUGGAAAAUGUGAGUUUUUUGGGGGGGUUUGACCAAAAAUUGACUGAAAAUCAUGAAAUUUUCAAAUUUUGAUGAUUUUUCUAAUGAAAAAAGACACCAAAUUUGAUUUUUUACAGGUCGAAAGAUGUUGUUAUGAAAUCAACUGGUUGCAUCAAUACUAAGGAAGAAAUAUGCCGAAAAACCUGAGAAGCUCUCGACUCGCGUCGAAGAUUUUCGAAAUCUCACUAAUUUUUCAAAGUAAGCUCCUUUUUCCCAAAAUUUAUCUUGAAAUCAAAGAAAAAAUCACAUUUUCAGUAUGCCAAUUCAAUCGAGGUCAAAAAUCAAGCACCGCAUUUCACUCAACAAAAAAUUGUAUAUAUCAAUUCACGAUUUCGAUUGGCUAA